AUGGAUUUCGGAACCCCUGACCUGCUGGAUGUGUGGCUGGAGCCCCCAGAUAAUGUCUUAACGGGAUCCUUCCUUGAGCUGGGACUUCACUGUCCGCCUCCAGAAGACCCAGGGACUCUGCUGCAAGAACAGGGGCCGCAAGGCUGGGAGUCCAGGGGGGCCCAUGCCUGUGGCCUUCAAGAGAGUGAGCAUGAAGACUUCCCGAAGCUCUUCAUCGAUCCCAAUGAAGUGUACCGCUCAGAAGCAUCUCCUGGCAGUGACAAUGGGACCUCUGAGCACCCUGGUCGUCAAGACAGUCCCCCUGUCCCCAGGGCACCCAGUUCUCCUGCCCUCUAUGAAGUUGUUUAUGAGGCAGAGGCCCUGGAGAAGCUGCAGGAGGAAGCUGGGCCGGCUGUAGGGUUCAUCUCCAUUCAGCUAGAUCAGUGGAGCCCACCUUUUGUGAUGCCUGAUGCCUGUAUGGUCAGCAACGUGCCCCUUGAUGCUCAUGCUCACAUCCUGCCCAGAGCAGCCACCGUAAACCCAAUGCUUCCCACGGCCCUGCUACCCUGUCAAACCUUGUUCCUCACGGAUGAGGAGAAGCAUCUGCUGGGACAGGAAGGGGUCUCCCUGCCCUCUCACCUGCCCCUCACCAAGACAGAGGAGAGGGUCCUCAAGAAGGUCAGGAGGAAAAUCCGUAACAAGCAGUCAGCUCAGGACAGUCGGCGGAGGAAGAAAGAAUACAUCGAGGGACUAGAGAGCAAGGUGGCUGCCUGUUCUGUACAGAACCAGGAACUACAGAAAAAAAUCCAGGAGCUGGAGAGGCACAACAUGUCCCUGGUGACUCAACUCCGCCAGCUGCAGAUGCUCAAUACUCAAACUUCCAACAAAGCUGCCCAGACCAGCACUUGUGUUCUGAUCCUCCUUUUUUCCCUGGCUCUCAUCAUCCUGCCCAGUUUCAGCCCCUUUCAAGGUCUACCAGAAGCUGGGUCUGAGGAUUACCAGCCUCAUGGAGUGAUUUCCAGAAACAUCCUGAUUCACAAGGACGUAACAAAAAAUUGGGAGACUCCAGAGGUAGAGUCCAGAUUGGGGGGGCCACCUGGAGUCAAGAGUGCAAAUGGCUCCACGAGGACACUGCUUGAGAAGACAGGAGGGAAGCCAGGCCCCGGUGGGCUCGUCAGAACUGUGCUACAUGCAGAUGAGAUGUGA